AUGACCUCUACACAGUACUACUACUGCUCUGGCUCCCCAAGAUGCUUCCUCACCGUACCUCUUCUCCCUGGCUGGAACCUGGCCUCCUUUGAGGCCAGGUUCGCCGACCAGGUAGUCACGACUACAGCCAAGGGUGACCCACUUAUCGGAGGAGUCCAGGACCAGAAACUGCCUGUGUACAAGAAGAAGAGUGAUAUCUUAGAAGAAGAUGAGCAGAAGAUCGUCAAGGAGCUAGGUCACCCAGAAGACGAGUACAGGAUUUUAUUAGGAGAAAUAGCAAUAGAAACUUUUGUAGUGGUCAAGUGUAUGUUUCAUCAGUGCUUGAGUACAGAGGAUUUCAGCUGGCAGUUAAAAAUUCCAAGCUCUUUGAUUCCAAGAUCUCAAGGACCUCUCACAGAACAAACUGUUAAUGAGGAUCAUUUGAAGGCAUGCAUAGCUGAUAUGCAUCCGGAUUUAGAUGAAGAUAAACUCCAGAAUUUGUUCGAUCAAGCCCUAAGCUAUUACCAAUCUUCAUCUUUCAGUUGGAAUUUCUCUGUUCAAAUCAGCUCACAAAGUCCAAUCCAAAAAGCUAUGAGCCCUUCCCAUGAAAUAAAAGUUGAUUUCUUGGACUCUAACUGUCAUAAUGCUACAAUCGAGCUACUUGAAACUGAAAUUGACCAAUUUUUCAACAAAGAUUUCAUUAUGCUCUACAGAAACGAUCAGAUCAACAAGCCAAUUGUAUUAUUGCAAAAGAAAAACAAUGAGUAUGCUCUCAUGGUUUCUAUGCUAGCAGAUGUGAGAGCCACCACUGAAGACACAGUGGUGAAUGAAGAGACAAAGCUUGAAGCAGAUUCAAUCAUCAAAUAUCCUAAAGAGUUUCAUGGCAAGCUGGAACCUGCUGAAUUCAUAUUCAUUCUCGACAGAAGUUCAUCAAUGAGAGGAAGAUCUAUUGAAAAAGCAAAGCAUGGUGUAAUACUUGGACUUAAAAGUCUUCCUCAGAACUCACUUUUCAAUGUGGUGUCUUUUGGAACUGAACACGAGCAGAUAUUUGAAGAAUCUUAUCUGAACUCUGAAGAAAAUAUCAACGAAGCAAUUAGAAAAAUUGAAGAUUUCAAAGCCGACUUAGAAAACUCAGAUACUCAGAAAGUUCUUCAACAUGUGUUUUCUCAAAACGGAGAAAAUCAAGAACUCCCAAAGCAUGUAAUUAUGGUUACUGACCUCAGACUUUGGCUUGACAGAGAAGAAACAAUUGAGCUUAUUAAGAGAAAUUCAUCUUCUUUCACCUUCCAUAUAGUUGGAGUUGGAGAAAUUGCAAACAAAUACUUUGCUGCAGAAUGUUCAAAUGCUGGAAAUGGAAAGUAUUUCCUUGCCGGAGACUUCAUGAAUGAUAUUGAAACAGGCAUCAAUCAUAUCCUAUUAUCAUGUGUCAACGGUGGAGUUGGCGUAAGAAGAAAGAAUACUUCAAUAAAUGGGAAUUUCAAAACUGAAUCUUUAGUAGAAAAAGAUUCAGGCAGAUACAUUUACAAUGGAGAACACUUGACAUCUUUCUCAAUCAUAGAUAGCAUUGAAGGAGAAUUAGAAGGGUCAAUAACUUAUGAAGUAUCCACAACUUCAGGAGAAACUACAGAAUAUAUAAUUGACUUACAGAAGGACUCUACUUUCAUCAAUGGAGACUCUAUCUUCAAAAUGUUUGCAGCAAACAAAAUUAAAGAACUUGAGAGUAUUGAGUAUUUCAGCCGUCAAGAUAUCAUUGACAUAUCCAAAGAGUAUCAGAAGCCAACAAGAUACACAUCUCAGAUAGAAAUAAGGAAGCCUAUCGCAUCUCCGGACUCGGAUUAUACAGAGAUCACUGACUUCUUUGUUAAGGUAUUUGACAUGGAAAUCACUGUCAUAACUCUCACAGGGAAGAGAAUCAACGUUUACCUUCAAAGCUCAGAUACGUUUGAGACUUUGAAAACAACAAUCGAAAUCAUUGAAGGAAUACCAAAGGAGAAACAAAGAUUUGUAUUUGCAGGACAGUUACUUCAAGGACAAGAUACUCUUGAUAGUUUCGGUAUCAAAGAUGGAGACAAAAUUCAUAUGGUUUUGAAAUUUAGAGGAGGUUCCGAAGCUCCAUCCGAUCCAAAUGCUGACGAUGAGGGUCUUGUGCUCCCAACCCUUCCUGAUUAUUUAUCAUUAGUCAUGCUCCAGAAGCCUGAUGGUUCUUUUGAUUCCAGUAUUUUACCUCUUUUGGGUAUCAGCUCUGAUAGUAUAGCUACUAAAGUGCCUGAGGUAUUAGCUUCUAAAUCUGAAUCUGUUCAUUUGACAUUCCUUGUUAUAAACGAAUUGUUGGGUAAACACCAAGAAACUAAAUCAAGAUGGACUCUUAGCUUCAUUAAAGCUAUUAGAUAUAUUGAACACCAAUAGAUGCUUUGGACUCACCUUCAGUCAGCUAUCAGCUUUAUUUGGAUCCUAAAAUGAUUUAACCCAAUUU